AUGGAUCAUAGGAAGAAUCCAAACUGGGGUGGUGGUCACUCUAAGAAGCCAGGAAAAUUCAACUCCCCCUAAAAGUCAGGUGUCGCAGCUCCUGUCAGAACCCAGGUCAACCUCAUUACUAACAACUUCAAAAUCAAAAGCUAGAAUCACGGGGUUAUUUAUACAUAUAAAGUUGACUUUCUUGAGGGGUCUGGGUCUGGCGGUGGCGGUUCAGGAGGAGUCGAUAAUCCAAGUUUCAUGAGUGAUGACCAACUCAACACAAGCAUGUCUUCAUUGUCUUUGGGUAUCGGCAACAAAGCUGGUCUCGAGACUUUCCAAAAGUUCAAGAUUAUGAAUGCACACAAAGAUCAAAUCAAAAAAAUCUUCACUUAAUAUGUCUUUGUAGGAAACAACUUGUUCUCUACCGAACUGAUUGACUAACAACUAACUUUGGAAACCUAAAAACCUUUCUACAAUCGCUACUACACAAUAAUUAUAGAGAGAGUUUCUGAAUUUCUUCUAGACGAUCUAAAUCGUUUGAAGAUGACAGAGCAUCCAUUCGCACUUAGCUUCAUAAAUAGUAUCAUCAAGAGCUGUCUAAGAAAUUCGAAGUUGACAUAGAUAGGCAGGAACCCACGCUUUUUCAUGCCAGAGUAGGCAAAAACAUUCAACGAUACUGUGAUGACUUGGCCAGGUUUCUUCACCUCAUCUUGGAUCUUUUAGAGAGGCCUAUAUUUAAUAAUAGAUAAUAUCUCAAAGUUCCUCUCAGUUGAUAAUUGUUUCGCAAUUAUUUAAGAGAGAUUACAAAGACUAGAUAAAAAUCAAGUCAGUCGGGAAUUCGAUGGGGCAAUAGUCAUGGCAAAUUAUGGGCAAAAGAGAACCUACAAGGUUCACGCUAUCAGAUGGGACAUGUCUCCAGAGGCCUACUUUUUCGAUCAGGGAGAUGACAACAAAAAGGUUUCCAUGUUGAGUUACUUCCUCAAAGCCUACGAGACCAAGAUCACACAACUAAAGCAACCACUUUUUGAAGUAAAACAAAAGAGAUAAAACAUUUAUUUGCCUCCAGAACUCUGCAUCUUAGUCGGUAUCCCACCAAAGAUUGCAGAAAAUAAAAGAAUCAUGGCAGAUAUCCGUUAGAGUCUGUUUUAAAAGCCAUCAGACAGAAUAGCAAGCAUCAAGGAGGUGAACAAGAUGAUUGCCAGAUCCUAAGAAGUGCGCGAAUGGGACCUUAAUAUACAGCUCGAGCCCGAUGAAAUUGAAGCUAAAAUACUUAAAAGACCAAAUAUUUGCUUUGGCACUCAGGGCACUGCUCUGAAAUCACUCGAUGACACUAAUAUUCUAAGACAAAUAGUUCAUUAACCAAUUAAUUUCUAAAAGUGGGCGAUAUUCUGCUUAGAGAAAGAUGUAGAGAACGCUAAGUAUCUACAGGACAAGUUCUACAAUUUAUCAGAAAAGAAUAAUCUCAACAUCUUUGUUGAUUUCGGAGAUAUAGUCUCCCUUCAUAACAAGUCAAGAAUCGACGACUUCAAAGCAGCAAUCAACUCCUAUUUCAAAGAGUACGUCUCUUAAGAUUCACCAGCCAAGGGAAAGAAAAAGGUUCCUACACCUGCCGGCGGAACUCCCUAGGUCCAAUUUUUCUUGGUAAUUAUACCAGACACACUAAGAUAAGAACAUUUCUACACUGCUCUUAAGAAUAAAAUCAAUUAUGACAACCCAGUCAUUUCCUAGUUCGUAACUAGUAAAAUCAUUGAGAAGGACAAUGAUAGAAUCUACAUGAACAUCGUCAGAUAAAUCAAUGCUAAACUCGGCGGAGACUUAUGGAGAAUGAGUUUUGGCAAAGAGAUAUCCAAGAAAACUAUGUUAGUUGGAAUCGAUGUCUGUCACAAAGGAAAAUAAAGUAUUAUUGGAUUUGUGGCUACAUACGAUCCAUUCUUGUGUAAAUACUAUACACAAGCAAGUCCCUAGGGACAAAAGGGUCAGGAAAUUAUUUCAUCCAAUAUUCUAUAGGAAUACUUCACAAGUGCGUUCCAAGCCUAUAGAGACUACAAUAAAGGUGAAUUGCCUGAUCACAUUUUUAUCUACAGAGAUGGAGUCGGCGACUCUAUGAGAAAGUAAGUUAUUGAUUUCGAGCUAGAACAGCUCAAGAAAAUAUGCACUGACGAGUACGGUUCAGACAGCGACAAGGUACUACCACAGAUAACUCUUAUUAUUGUCAACAAGAGAGUGCGUCAAAGAUUCUUCGAAAAGACUGGGGGUCAAAUUUUGAACCCUCCUCCAGGAACCUAUGUUGAUUAAGGUUUCGUUGAGUAAUCUGAGGUGAUCGAUGGGAAGUUCGACUUUUUCUUGGUCCCUCACAAUGUCACUUAAGGAGCAGUGAAGCCAACACAUUUCUACGUGGCUGAGAAUUCCUCUAGAAUCUCCAAAGAUGCCAUCCUUAAUUUUACCUACGCUCUAUGCUUCAACUACUACAACUGGCCUGAUUCUAUUAAAAUCCCUGCACCAUGCAUGCUAGCUGACAAGAUAGCUAUCUACAGAAGUGAAAUCGGCAAUAUUCCCUCAAAUAUUGACCUUCACAAGCUUCCAUUCUUCCUUUGA